AUGUGGACGGAUAUGAAAGUAGGAGUCAUCUGCUUCAUUCGGGAUCCGACCAACAAAGAGUACGUGCUAUCAUUGCUUCUUCCCAAACCAGAUGAACAGCUUCCAGCUAAAGUGCUUUGGACCAUGACCGUAACCGCCUUCUUUGAGACGGAACGGACUAGUGACGAGCAUUUGCUGACAUUCAUCAUGGAAACGUUUCCGCGCGAUGUUUGUGGCCUGAACUUCUAUGAUCCACGUGAAGCUGACGAGUUUCAUCGGAUACUUGUAGAAGAAAACCGAGGAAGAAUCUCCCGACAUGCUAAUCGACCAAAGCGACAGGCACCACCACCACCAUCAAAGGUCGUGGGCGUGGAAGCGAUCGACAGACUCUCUGAACUCUGUGAGUCAAUUAUUAUUUAG